GGUUAAAGUGUUUGUGUGUUUUAGUAUUGCUUUUAUCAUUUGUGAUUUUGUUUUGAUAAUUUAAUUUGUUUUAUUUAAUUCGUGAAUUCAUGAACCCGAAAGUAAAAAAAAUCGCGAACCUCAAAGCAAUGAAAACCAGGCAAUCCAAGAACACGAAACCUCCCAUCUCACGUACAAGAAAACAUAAUGUGAAAAAUAAAAAAGUUAAUCCCAUGCAACAAUCUUUGGUUAGAUUUAUCGAAGAAAAAAGUGUAACAUCGUCUGUUUCUUCCACACCAUCAGCACCAAACAGCCUCUUGAACUUGUUUCCUGAACAUGCAAAAGAAGGUUACAUCUAUGUGCUUGUUCUCGGAAUAGAUAAAGAUUUACGCGAUAUUAAACCAAUGCUGCUGCUUGUGAAAAGAGAUGAAAAUGUCGAGAAGCAAGAAAAUGGUGAUUCUGUCUAUAUAAGAUUCCGCGAAUCUCAUAUUUGCUAUAUUGGUAAAAUCGUCAUGUCAUCAGAGAAUCGAAUUGCAUUGGAAAAAUCUCUUGCAAGUGUUAACGAGAUGGUCGCGAAAACGGCAGCUAAAAGUGUUUAUAAAUGUGAAAAACUUAUAUCAUCGAUUACAAAGCCAGUUGUCACAUUCAAACCCGAAAAGACAGAUACUCGUUUCUUGUACUUGAAUAGUUUACUUGGAUGUGAACUAGAUGAACAAAAAAGUCAAGAAAUUUCAGGUAAUGAACUCAAUAACCACGAACAGGAAAAGAAAAGCAACCCGUUUUCUGACAUUGAUGAUGAGUUUCUAAUGAAUGAAUUGACUCAAGAAAGUUCAGCUUCACAUGAGCAUGACAAACCAGAAGAGUACACGAUAACAUCGGAUGAAGCUGAAACAGAAAACAUUCAUGGAGCUAGAGAAAAGGUUAAAACGCGUCGUGUACAUAACUUUUCUGAUCCGAUUCUUGUAGCAAAAUUACGAGAAGAAAGAACUAAGCUGGACAUGAAUCUUGAAAUGGAAAUUUCAAGAGCAAUGGAUAAACUAAAUGAUAUUAUUCCAACUCUAGACGUAACCAAUCAAUUGACUCCUGUCGUGAAAAAUAUUUAUAAUCUUUGCGUUGCCAUGAACAAGAAACUUAACAACACGAACGAGGCUAAAAGCAAGGAUUUUGGAAUACCACUUGAUGAGAAGAUCAAUGUUUCUAAGAUAAUUGAAACAAACCAAUUGAAUAUUUCUGGUAAAAUUUUUCUGCCACUAAAGGACUGGGAUAAAGUGAUUAAGGCGACGAAACCUUCAUUGGUCGUUUCACGAAUCGUGAGAAUGUGUAUUCCUUCCGAGUUGAAAUUAAACUGUGAAAUAAAUGACAGACCAAAUAAAAGCAAUUUUAUCUAUCGUUUUGGCUCAGAUAAACUCGAAGGUGACCAGCGGAUGAAAGAUGGUCAAGAGAAACUAGAUAUUCUUAUUCGUUAUGCUCAUCAAAUUCAAUACAUGGACACAAUGUCACUACAAAGUUAUCGCGAAAGUAUGGGUCAAAUACAGAAAGCUCUAUAUGAUUUCAAUCGGACACGAACUGAAAAGAAACGCGUACAAGAGCUCGAUAAAGAUGAAGUUCAAGCAAUUGAACAACCUCAAUCUGAUGAACCCAUGAACGCGAUCAGUAUUUAUUGAGUACUUUCACGGCUAUUUAGCAAUUAAUUAUCCAUUUAAACUUUUCAUAUUCGUUAUAUUUCAUAAUCAUUAGUAAUCUAUUUCGUUAUUCUGUUUUCAUUUCUAGAUAUCUAUUUUCUCUAAAUUCGAUUUGCGUUUGUUUAAUUUUAUUUUUCAUUUUGUUUUUUAUUUACAUGAAUCUAUUUUGAUAUAAUUUUCUCAAUAAAAUUCUCGUACUAGUCCUCAA